AUGGAGGGACAUUCACUUAGAAACUAUUAUCCAGUUGGUGGAAAAGAUUCGAUAAUCAGUAAAAAUCAUGAAUGUAAUUUAGAUUACAACCUAAUAAGAAAAACCGGUUAUGGUAAUGAUAAUAAUAAUGUCAGAAGUUGGGAACUGCUUAGUAAUGAUGAAAAAAUUGAUAUUAAGCUUCAAGAUUAUAAUAAGAACACAAUCAAUAUUUGUCAUGAUAAUCAUGUUAUUACCGUCGACACGCAUAGUCAUAAUCUAAACACUAUCGAAAUCAAUCGUAAUAGCGAUGAAAUUACUAUCAAUACUAAUAGUAAUAAUUCAAAUACAAUCGCUGUUAAAGGUAAUAGUCGAAGCGUUGCCAUUAAUAGUAACGACAAAAAUGUUAAUUCAUUAACGAUCGAUAACGAUAGUAAAACACUCGCUAUUACUAAUAGGGAUGAUAACAAAAAUACCAUUGCUGUCAACAAAAAUAGCGAUGAAAUAACUGUUGUUACCAAUAGUAAUAAUGAAAAUACAGUUGCGGUAAAAAAAAGUAGUGUAACGAUGACUAUUCAUGGUGAAGAUAAAAAUACUAAUAAUUGUACUAUGGAAUAUAACCAGAGCAAAUUGGAGAUCAGAGUAAGAGAUGACAGCAAAAAUACGAUCAGUAUUCGUGCCAAUAGUUAUAAAAUUUCUGUUAAUACUAGCAGCAAUACUCUAAAUACAAUCGCUGUUGCGGGUGAUAGUGACAUAAUCAAUAUUAAUGGCGUCGACAAAAAUGUUAAUAUAAUUACUGUUGGACUAUAUAAUGAGGAUAUAAUUUCUAUUAAAGAAAGGAACGGCAGUAAUAAUACAAUUACUGUUAAUGACGACAACAGAGUUAUUAAAAUUGAUACUAAUAACGGUACUUCGAAUACACUUGUUGUUAAGGAUAGUUAUAGAAUAGCUAUUCAUGGUGAUAAUAACAAUGUUAAUAGAAUUACCGUUGAAGUUAAUAGAUAUGCAGUUAUUGUUAAAGCAAAAAAUUAUAGUAAGAAUUCAAUUACUGUCAAGGAAUACAGCGACAAAAUUUAUGUUAUUACUCAUACUUGUAACAAGAAUACACUUACUAUCAAUGGUGAUAGUUCUAAAAUAAUUAUUAAAGGUUAUGAUAAUAAUACUGUUACGUGUGUUAUUGACAAUAAUAACGAAAUACUUAAGAUUAAAAAUAGAGACUUUAAUAAAAACUCUGUUACUAUGAAUGAUAAUGAGCAAUUAAUUAAGAUUGAUAAUAAUAAAUAUAAUGAAAAUCUAAUUUAUAUUAAAGUCGGAAAAAGAGAUGAUUGCUACGAAAUUGGAUCUAACGAAGUUAAAUGUUUUUCUGGAUUCUCAAGAGAAGGUUUUGAAGGACAUUCUUAUAUCGCGAGUUCAAAUUCGGUAAUUAGUAACAAUGCUGCAUGUGAUUGUGAAGACAAUGUAAAAAAAGGAACCGGUGUUGGUGAUAGUGAAUCUGUUAAAUCUUGGACCAUGUAUAACAAUGAUAAAAUACUGGCCAUUAAAGAUCGAGAUUAUAAUAAGAAUACAUUCAUCAUUUACAAUGAUAAUCAUGUUAUUACCGUCGAUAGCCAUAGUGAUAAUUCAAACACAAUUGAAAUCAGACAUGAUAGCGAUUACAUUACUCUUCAUGGUGAUGCUAAAAACGUUAACACAAUAACUAUUGGAAAUAAUAGCAACAUACUUGCUAUCAAACAAUGGGGUUAUAGUAAAAACACAAUUGCUAUCGGCAAUGAUAGCGAUGAAAUUAUUAUCAAUGCUAAUAAUGAUAAUUCAAAUACAGUCACUGUUAAAGGUAAUAGUCGAAGUAUUGCCAUUAAGAGUUAUGAUAAAAAUGUUAAUUCAUUAACUAUCGAUAACAAUAGUAAAAUACUCGCCAUCACCACUAGGGAUGAUAACAAAAAUACUCUUGCUGUUAACAAUGAUAGCGAUGAAAUAACUGUUGUUACCGAUAGUAAUAAUGAAAAUACAGUUGCGGUCAAAAAUAGAAGUGUAAAGAUGACUAUUCAUGGUAAAGAUAAAAAUAUUAAUAACUGUACUAUGAAAUAUAACCGCGGCGAAUUUGAGAUCAGGGAAAGAUAUGACAGCAAAAAUACAGUCAGUGUUCGUGCCGAUAGUUAUAGAAUUAUUGUUAAUACUGACAGCAAUAAUUUAAAUACAAUCGCUGUUGCGGGUGAUAGUGACAUAAUCAUUAUUAAUGGCUUCGACAAAAACGUUAAUACAAUUACUGUUGGACUAAAUAAUAAGAAAAUAAUUUCUAUUAAUGAAAGAAACGAUAGUAAGAAUACAAUUACUGUUAAUGACGAUAAUAGGAAUAUUGACAUUAAUACUAAUAGCGGUACUGUGAAUACACUUGUUAUUAAGGAUAGUUAUAGAAUAGCUAUUCAUGGUGAUAAUAACAAUGUUAAUAGAAUUACCCUUGACGUUAAUAGAAAUAUAGUUUUUAUAAAUGAAAAAAAUUAUAGUGAGAAUGCAAUUACUGUCAAGGAAGACAGCAACGAAAUUUAUGUUUAUACUAAUAGUCGUAAUAAGAAUACACUUACUAUCAAUGGUGAUAGUUCUAAAAUAAUUAUUAGAGGUUAUGACAAAAAUGCUGUUGAUUGUACUAUUGACAAUAAUAGUGAAAUACUUAAGAUUGAAAAUAGAAAUUUGAAUAAAAACUAUGUUUCUAUGAAUGAUAAUGAGCAAUUAAUUAAGAUUGAUAAUAAUAACCAUAAUGAUGGUAAUAGUAAAAAUAGUGGAUUAAACGUCAAUGUGACUGGAUAUCAAGGCGUUGAUUGGGAACAAGGCAACCUUGGCGUCGAGGAUCCGGAAGAUUGA